GGUUGAUUUCGCAUUCUUUCCAACCAUCUGGAAAGAACGGGGAAUGUAGCACUAGACGUUUUCUUGCAAGCCACAAGCGCUUCGGGAUGGCCGAGGGUGGCAAAAAGGUCACAGUGGCUGUGACAUCAUGCAAUAAGGAGAAGCUGGAAGCUGUGGACUCUGCAUUUGCCAGCCACUUCGCGGAUGCCUCUCUUCAGAUUCUGUCGCAUUCUUCAGACAGUGGCAUUCCUCAUGGCCAACCGUGGGGAAUGCAGCACACGUAUGAAGGAGCUCUUGCUCGACUUCAUCACCUCAAGUCGAGUGCCAUGCGAUCUGACUGGGUGCAUUUGACAUGGCAAGCGCGCAACCGGAGCAGGGGAACUGGUCCUUGCGACAGGCGGAGGCGCUCUGAGUUGUGACUAUUUGGUCAGCGCCGAGAACGGAGUUUGCGCUAUUCUGGGGCAUGCGUCCACCACAGCGCUGGACGUGGCAUGUGUGAUCAUCGAGCGGAGAUCCGACGGGAAGCAAGCCAUGAACUUCAGCCAAGGCGACGUUGAAGCUCAUUGGCUUGGUAGGAAGGCGAAGGAUUGGCAACUGGCAUGGGUUCGACCAGACUGAAAAGCACUGCAUGCACAAGAGACAUACCACGCCAAUUUCCACAACACUUCUCAAAGCCGAUCUUUGGAAACAGACUCUGCUGCCUUACGGUUUGGCUGCUUGGUAACCCAAGCUCCAGGUCGACCUUAUCCGCUGCAAGAAGUACAAGAAAUGAUUCGAGCUGGUGCAUCUGGAAAGGAUCCUCGGCUUUCAGCAGUCAGGUCACCAUAGAUCUGAUCACGGAAGGACGAUGCAGCCAAGGAUGUUGGUGAAUAUUGCAAGCAAUGGUACCAGGAAAAGAAGUUGCCAAUCUCUCGCGCAGACCAGAUCUCUGCCGCAGCAUCACUUGCGUUAUGCCUUCUGACGGGCGAAUAAGACGAUUUUGGACGAGAAAUGCAUUGGGUUUCGCAAAAAGCA